CACGAUCUUUUGUACAAUAUUGUAUUUUACACCCAUCAUGCUGUCGGCGCGGGGCAUCAGGUAUGCCUGCACUCGGCCGAACCAAUUUGCGACAAGGCGCAGUCCAUGGAUUUCUGCAUCCUCUGUAUAUAUCCGACGUUCUCGUCAACCGAUACAGCCCCAAACUACGAAAUCAUAUCUCUCCACCUCGAAAAUCUUGCGGCAGGAAGAUCAGACGAUAGAAGAUGCCGAGAAAGUUGUGCGGGAUGCGAAACAGCGCUUUCGUGACACUUUGCCAAAGGAUUACCUCUCCCCCACCGAGUACGCCCUCUACGUUCGACUGUUUGGCCCGCCCCUGCGAGAAACAAGCCCCGAAGAUGUCGGCAUCGACACGCACGCCGACAUGGCUGGUGCGUCAUACAAAGGUUCCGACGAGGGCACCGUGCUCAAGGAGCUGAAGGGCGGAGAAUUUGAAGAGAUCACGUACAAAAUCGCACCGAAAGAGGCCCCACUCGAGCCAGACUUGGAGGACCUGGAUAGCGAAGCGCGAGCCGAAGACUUGAUCACAGAGGAGCAAGAGAGGGAUCGGGCCUUGGAAGAGCAGCUGCAAGAGGAGGCCGAGGCUGAGGCCGAGGCGGAAGACGAAGCAUGGAGUUUCUCUGAGGAGGAGAUCGAGACGAUUGCAAAUGAGCAAGGCCUUAGUGUGGAAGAAGUUCGUCAACUCGCUGCUACGAAGCCCACUCCAGAACAGCUGGCUGCUCUGGAGGAGCACUUUGGGCCGUCAGAGGAGACCGAAGGGCCGAGCGAAGAAGAGUCCGCUGCUAUUCAGGACAUGCUCAUGCAGGCUUCGCAGCUGAAGGCGCCCAAUCUUCCAAUGCGAGAGGAGCCAGCGUCCCUCACGCCCCAAGACUACAUUGAUGCUGUGGCCAGGAAUCCCCGAGAGGCCAAGGCCAUGAGGGCGUUGGCAGAUGACUUUGCGAGGACACAGAAGGAGCAGCAGGAAGCCGAGGAACGAAUGGAGGCGGAGAAAGAAGAGGGCGAGGUGGUGGAAAGUCAAGAGGAGGCCAGCGCCAAGUCAUGGCCGGAGGAAUUCCCGCUGAAAAUUGCUACCGGCGAGCUGGACGAAGGAUUCACCCGUUUCCAUCCCUACACCGUUGACGGCAGCUUUCAUGGCAAGUCGAUGGAAAUCGCCCUGCCCAAUGCAGAGCUCGUGCAGCCGAUAUCAGAGCUUUUGCGCCGGUCGCACAUCCGACACGUGCGAGAAGCGGCGGAAGCCAGCUUUGGCGGUUCAGGGCUGCCCCUGUCUCCGGAGACUGUCUACGGACUGAGGUCAGGGAGCAUGGGUGGAGUAGGGCUAUCGGCAACUCAGCGCCACAUGACCGAAGUGGAGGCUGAUGCCUUCCUGGCCGGCUUCAUGCCCGCUGCGUAUGCCUCUGUGUACUCUAUUGUGCGCGAGGUGCGGAGGCGUCUCGGCAGCGAGUGGAUCCAAUCAAAGCUGAAGAGCGGCGGAGGCCUCAGUGUGUUGGACGUCGGUACUGGCGGCGCUGGCAUCAUUGCCUGGGAGCAGAUCUUGAAUGCGGAGUGGCGGCUGCUGAAGGAAAAGGGGGAGGUCGAGGGGGACAAGAUUCCGGGGCGCAAGACGGUCAUUGUAGCGUCAGAUCGCCUCCGGAACCGCGUCAAGUCGUUUCUGGACAACACGACCUUCUUGCCGCGACUGCCUGACUACGAGCACUCUGGCGAGAUGAAGGGCGAGCGGUUGGAUGGCGGCGGCAAGGAACAGCCUCGCAAGUCGUACGACGUUAUCAUCUCAUCUCACAUGCUCCUCCGCGAAAAAGAGACACACCGACGCCAGGCAAUCUUGAACAACCUGUGGAAUCUGCUGCGCAAGGACGGUGGCGUUCUGGUCAUGCAGGAGAAGGCUCACCCGCGAGGCUUCGAAGCCAUAGCACACGCGCGUCACAAUGUGCUCUACAAUUUCCUGCUUCCCCCGUCAGGCGAGCCGCGCAUCAGUCCAGAGGAGUUCAACCCGGCUUUCCACCGCGAACCCGAGCCGGGACAUGUUGUUGCUCCCUGUACGAACCAGGGUCUAUGCCCCAUGUACGUGGAGCCCGGGCAGGGCAUUGGACGCAAAGACUUUUGCCACUUUAGCCAACGGUUCAUCCGGCCAAAUUUCUACGUCAAAAUGCUUCGGAAGCAGACGGAUAAUCAGGGUGACGUGCAAUUCAGCUACUUUGCCGUGCAGCGGGGCGUUCCCAUUGGCGCCGAUCAGCCAACAGGCAAGAGGGCCACCGAGCUUGCAAAAGAAGGCUACGAAAACGCAGAAGAGAAGCCAAACAUGCUGACGCUACCGCGUCUGGUCAAUCCUGCUCUAAAGCGAAAAGGCCAUGUGACCAUGGACGUCUGCACCCCGGCCGGCAAGAUCGAACGAUGGACUGUGCCCAAGAGCUUCAGCAAGCUUGCGUAUCACGACGCACGCAAGACGCGCUGGGGAGAUUUGUGGGCGCUUGGGGCCAAGACCACCGCCGAGCGCCCGCCCCGGAACGGCAAGCCAGUCGCAAAGGCCAAGCUGAAGCAAGACUCGAAGAAGAAGGGGCGCAAGUCCGUGAUGGGCGACGAGGCAGACCAGCAGCAAAGGAGGAAGCUGACCAAGGAGGAGAGGCAGAAGGCCAAACUGGAGCAAAUGGAGGCGCUGGAGCGGGAGCAUGACGAGGCUGUUGACGAGAUGGUGGAUGCGGACAUUGGCCUGGACGAGGACAUUAGGAGGGAGAUGGAACGUGAAGGCAAGAGGUGAUGAUGGCGACUGGAGGGGAGGUUGUACACUGUGUAUCAUAUGUAUUGCAUAUCUGGCGUUGGCUAGGGAUACCCAUCUAUCUAGUAUGUGUCUUGCUCAGUCGCAAGGGUUCGCUUGGUCCGUGAUCAUCAUGUCCUGUUGGAUUGUGCAUCUCCUAUCUGUGAUAAACUGAGCUCAUCACACAGCGAUAAGUUGGUGGAGUGGAUAGAGUGUCUGGCGCAUCUCCGGAUGCUGAAUCAGUCAAAUGCCGCCGCUCUGAUUGGACGCGGUUCUCGGCUCGGGGCAUGGCGUCAAUGGCGAUGGGGGGAUGGCAACCCGAUUGCGGAUACUUUUAGCGUGCAUCCAUCUUUUUUCGUUAGGAU